AUGCAUGACGGGAGGAACAUGGGACUGAAGAAUGAAGAAUGUGAGGGAGGGCAGAAGGGAGGAAUGCAGGCGCUCCAAGCAGCUCCCUGGUGCAGAAAAGCACAAGGGAUGAGGGGUGAGGAGGAAUGGGGUGAGGAGGAAUGGGGUGAGGAGGAAUGGGGUGAUGAGGAAUGGGGUGAGGAGGAAUGGUGUGAGGCGGAAUGGGGUGAGGAGGAAUGGGGUGAGGCGGAAUGGGGUGAGGAGGAAUGGGGUGAGGCGGAAUGGGGUGACGAGGAAUGGGGUGAGGCGGAGUGGGGUGAGGAGGAAUGGGGUGCGGAGGAAUGGGGUGAGGAGGAAUGGGGUGAGGAGGAAUGGGGUGAGGCGGAAUGGGGUGAGGAGGAAUGGGGUGAGGAGGAAUGGGGUGAGGAGGAAAGGGGUGAGGAGGAAGGGGGUGAGGCGGAAUGGGGUGAGGAGGAAUGGGGUGAGGCGGAAUGGGGUGAGGAGGAAUGGGGUGAGGCGGAAUGGGGUGAGGAGGACUGGUGUGAGGCGGAAUGGGGUGAGGAGGAAUGGGGUGAGGCGGAAUGGGGUGAGGAGGAAUGGGGUGAGGCGGAAUGGGGUGAGGAGGAAUGGGGUGAGGCGGAAUGGGGUGAGGAGGAAUGGGGUGAGGAGGAAUGGGGUGAAGAGGAAAGGGGUGAGGAGGAAGGGGGUGAGGCGGAAUGGGGUGAGGAGGAAUGGGGUGAGGCGGAAUAG